AUGUGUUACAUUGGUAAAGCAACGAAGAUCUUCAUCUUUAUCGUCGCCGCCAUUGUUGUUACUGGUCUCGUCGUCGGAUUCGGCCUCUUCGGCCGCAACAUUCAUCCAAAAUCUCAUAAAUGCACCGGAGAAUAUUGCUCGCUUCCUGAUUACUCUCCUCCGCCACCGUUACAGUUUCCUUUCCCCUCUGUCACCGUUCCUAAUGCAUCUAAUCCAUCCGAUCCUACCUUCAAUUCCGACGCACCACCACCACCACCAUCUGCGUCGCCUACUGAUCCAUCAUCAUCGCCGCCGCUGCCGCCUCCUCUUCCAGUGUCUAUAGUCACUCCUCCUGCUGUAGCUACGACGGAUCCUCCACUUGCAUUUAGUCCACCGAGUCCAGUUCCGUCUCCAGGUCCGAUAACUUCUUCUUAA